CCUCCUCACUUCCUUCUCCUCCUCGGUCCCUGUACACAUUUCCCUCUCUUUGCAUACACGAGCGUAGCAUCUGUGAUUCCCUCCCCAUCUCUCUAUCUCACUGAAGCCGCUGAAGAUGUCGCUGAGAGUGCUGAAUCCAAACGCGGAGGUGCUGAACAAGUCUGCGGCACUGCACAUGAACAUCAAUGCCGCUAAAGGCUUGCAGGACGUCCUCAAGACCAACCUCGGCCCCAAGGGCACCAUCAAGAUGCUCGUUGGUGGGGCCGGUGAUAUCAAGCUCACUAAAGACGGCAACACUCUCUUGAAAGAAAUGGUAUAAACAAUUAUAUACACGGGAUGGAAGCGGUGAAGGAUGUGUCAAAUAGAGAGAGGAUAAAAGCAAAUACAAAACCCUACAGCAAUUAUGAUUGCAAGAACGGCUAUUGCCCAAGAUGACAUCAGUGGAGAUGGCACAACUUCUACUGUGCUCUUUAUUGGCGAGCUUAUGAAACAAUCAGAACGUUACAUUGAUGAAGGAAUGCAUCCCCGUGUAUUGGUUGAUGGUCUUGAGAUUGCUAAAAGAGCAACCCUUCAAUUUCUUGAAAAAUUCAAGACUCCUGUGAUUAUGGGCGAUGAGCCUGACAAAGAAGUUCUGAAAAUGGUAGCAAGGACAACACUCAGAACUAAGUUGUACGAAACACUUGCAGAUCAAUUAACUGACAUUGUUGUUAAUGCGGUGCUAUGCAUUUGCAAGCCUGAGGAAGGCAUCGAUCUGUUUAUGGUGGAGAUAAUGCACAUGCGUCAUAAAUUUGAUGUUGACACACGCUUGGUUGAGGGUCUUGUCCUUGAUCAUGGCUCCAGACAUCCCGAUAUGAAGCGACGAGCUGAGAAUUGUUACAUUUUGACAUGCAAUGUCUCUUUGGAGUAUGAGAAAAGUGAAAUAAAUGCAGGCUUUUUCUACUCAAGUGCAGAGCAGAGAGAGGCAAUGGUUUCAGCCGAAAGGCGCCAGGUUGAUGAAAGAGUUCAAAACAUUAUUGACCUGAAAAAUAAGGUUUGUUCUGGUAAUGAUAAUGACUUUGUUGUCAUUAAUCAAAAGGGAAUUGAUCCCCCAUCACUUGACCUUCUUGCAAAGGCAGGGAUAAUUGCACUUCGGAGAGCAAAGAGGAGAAAUAUGGAACGAUUGGUUUUGGCCUGUGGAGGAGAGGCCGUAAAUUCUGUUGAUGAUCUAACUCCUGAUUGCCUUGGCUGGGCUGGACUGGUCUACGAGCAUAUCCUUGGGGAAGCAAAGUAUACCUUUGUCGAAAAUGUGAAGAACCCUCAUUCUUGUACAAUCUUGAUAAAAGGGCCUAACGACCAUACAAUAGCCCAAAUAAAGGAUGCUGUUCGUGAUGGCUUGAGGGCAGUCAAAAAUACUAUUGAAGAUGAAGCUGUUGUCUUAGGUGCUGGAGCUUUUGAAGUCGCAGCCAGACAAUACCUAGUAAACGAAGUAAAGAAGACUGUUCAAGGGCGUGCUCAACUUGGUGUUGAAGCUUUUGCUGAUGCUCUUCUUGUGGUGCCCAAGACAUUGGCUGAGAACUCCGGGCUUGACACUCAAGAUGUGAUCAUUGCUCUUACGGGAGAGCAUGACCGGGGAAAUGUCGUGGGAUUAAACCAGCACACGGGAGAACCUAUUGACCCCCAAAUGGAGGGUAUUUUUGAUAAUUACUCUGUGAAGCGCCAGAUCAUAAAUUCAGGGCCUGUAAUUGCAUCUCAGUUGCUAUUGGUGGAUGAAGUAAUUCGUGCUGGUCGUAAUAUGCGGAAGCCGACUUAGCUCACAAUAUGCUUGAGGAUGCACGUUAUUGUCAUCUGCAGGGUUUUCUUAACUGAAUUUGUAUGAACUUACUUGAUGUGAAUGGAGGUUUUUUUUUUUUUUUUUUUUUGGGAGGGAUCUUUGUUAGCGAAUCUCAAUUUGCAAUUUGCAAUUUGCAUUUGACGUGGGAUUUUGUCUUGAAUGUGUACUUUGUGCUGUAA